AAGCGGCAGAAAAAGGAGGCUGCCCUCUUCGGUUAUCGCCCACAGCGCGUGCUGCCCCUUCGCGAAAAAAAUCCGAAACUGUUCCUUUCCGCCGAGCUACCCGCCUCCUUUUUCAAAAUUCUCAGCGCCGAUGACACGGAGCUAAAGGACACGAACAGUGGC